GUAUAAUUUUGCUCUUUAAUCUGUGGUGUGGCUGGUUGUCAUUUUGUUACCUAUACUUACUGUAUAUAAUUAAUAUUUUUCCUUAAGUAUUUUGUUUGUUGUUUAUACGAUUAAUAUUAUUCAAACUUAGUAUUUUGUUCAUACUCCCUGUAUUAUUUUAACUAUAAAAAAUGGCUAAAAAUACAUCAAGUUCUGCAUUCCGAAAAAUAGAUAUUGAUCAAUAUAACGAAGACAACUUUAAGGAAGAAGAAGCUGAACAAUCUAUACCGACCGGUCCUGACGAAAGCGAAGUUUCAUCUUUACUUAAUCAAGGACGAUGUACUGAAGCUCUUCAGUUAGUAUUAAGUAAUGCUCCAUUGGGAUCUUCAAAUCAACAAGUGAAGGAUAGUGCAUUAGCAUUAACUCUAAAAGUACUACUUGCUAUCAAAUCUGCUCAGAUAGAAGAAGCAGUUGGAAAUCUUUCAAGGGAUGACAUUGAUAUACUUAUGAAAUACAUAUACAGAGGUUUUGAAUAUCCAUCUGAAGGCUCUAGUGGACAUUUGUUACUUUGGCAUGAGAAAGCCUAUAACAUAGGUGGAUCUGGUUCUAUAGUUAGAGUUCUCUCAGAUAGAAUGAGAGUUUAAUUUGAUAAUGUUCAAGACUUAUAUUUCUUAUUUAUGUAUUAUCUUUAUUUUUAUCAACAAACAAUAAAUAAUUACUACUAAAAA